GAAAUUUCACAAGAGACCAAAAUUUCCAGUGUCCCUUUGUCUCUCCAAUUCCUACAGUCUCAAAGAAGAGAAAAGGAGCGGAGACGCGGAAGAAACCCACGACCACCCAAACCACCAAAACAUGAAACCCCAACACAAACUUUCACUUUCCUUUCGUAUUUUUCGUGUUUUUGUUCUUAAAAAGUAUAAAGGUUUUGUCUUGAAUUCACAUUCUCCUUGAACCCUUUUGUGGAUUCUAUCAAAUUCUGUGUUUUUCUUGGGGUUUCGAUCAUCAUCGUCAACUUGUACAAAAAAACCCAAGAAACACAAUGGCCAGUGACACAAAAAGAGGGUCUCUUUCUCGUUUAUCACCAUUAGCUAGGCCUUUUACCUUGAGCAAACCCAAUAAUUCAAGCUUUAGUCCUUCAAAUUCUGCGCUUGAUCGGUCCUUUUCAAGUUUCAGUGUAGAAGGUGACUCCUUUGCUUUUUAUCCUCAAUACCCACCAGGGGUUUUGCAAGUUUCAGCUGAUUUUUCAAGUCUUGCCCGUGAUUCUUCACUUCAAGAUACAAGCUUUAACCCUUCCAGUUCCAUGCUUGAUCGGUCCUUUUCAAGUUUCAGUUUAGAAGGCGACUCCUUUGCUUAUUAUCCUCAAUACCCAUCUGGGGUUUUGCAAGGUUCAGCCGAUUUUGGUUUGUUUACUGAGUCAAAGUCAGACUUUGAUGCUGUGCCUGUAACCAAGUCCACUGAACUUGGCUAUGAGGCUCACAAGAGUGGUGAUCUUCGAGGGAUUCUUCACUGGAAAGAUAAGCAUGGUGGUUUUUCAAUGUUUAAUUAUGACUCCACGAAACAAGCUUUAGUUCACAUGCUAUUCAUCUUCCCAGCAGGAUCUCCUGCUGAAGGAUUGAAGCUGAGUCCUGAAACAUCUGAUAGUUUGUGCGGAAAACUCUCUGGGAUCUCAUUAAAUGAUCAUGAAGUCAGACCUAAAAGAACUAGGGAAAUUGACUCUCAAAGUGUGCCAAUCUCUUCAAAGUUCUCAACGACAUCAGAUUUGAACUCUUCUGCCAUUCUUCAAGAUCCUCAAAGCGGGAUAAAUUACCUACCACCAUCAGUAUCUUGGAGCUCCUGUGAUACAAACAUUGCUUAUUUUGGGAGAAGCUUAUCACAGCAACUUGAUUUUCAUGCAGCCAAACAGAAUGUUCCCCCUUCAUCAGAUUUCAAUUCUUUGCCAGUUUUAGUUUCCGAGCCAUCAGUAGCUAGUCCAGGCUAUUUACCCUUUAAUCAUGUGUUGUCAGAGAACCUAGAUUCUGAUGGAGAUGGUGGAGUUAGCAAAAAUAACUUUCUUGGGUAUGGUCAAGCAAGUUUAAAGAAGCCUCAUGCUGUUGUGGAUAAAAGCAAGGAAGUUUUCCAUAAUAAAGUCCUGACAGAUAAAGGCAAAGAAGGAAAAAUGGGCAAAACUGUCACUAACGAGGUUAUGGAGCCCGUGCCAAUGGCAAAGUCUGAGCUGCAAAUCACUUGUCCCAGUCCUCCUAUUGAUUUGACUCUGGAAGUGGAUAAAAGCAAGGAAGUUUUCCAUCAUAAAGUCCUGGCAGAUAAAGGCAAAGAAGGAAAAUUGGGCAAACCUGUCACCCAUGAGGUUAUGGAGCCCGUGUCAAUGGCAAAGUCUGAGCUGCAAAUCACUUGUCCCAGUCUUCUUAUUGAUUUGACCCUGGAAUCCCUUGGUAUUAAAGAAAGUGAUCCUAUUGAAAAUUCUUCUAAAGUAAUCAACGAGAAUGAUUCUGAUCUGGAUUCUCCUUGUUGGAAAGGAAAACUUGCCGCUGAGCAAUCAAGCUGUGAAGUUUCUGUACCUGAUAAUUUCCAGCAUCUUAAAAGCGAACAAGAAGCAUGCAGUUAUUUAAAUCCUCUUGCGCCUCAUUUUUUCCCCAGCAGUGACAAACAAAAAGUAAAUUACUGUGGAAAUGAAGGUGAUGGAAAUGAUUGUUUUUCUUUCCAGAAGACUGCGUCUUCUGUGGUUAGUUUAUUCUCCAGAGAACAGAGACUACAACAUUCCGCUACAGCUGGAUCAUCUUCUUCAGAACAGAGCAGUAUUACUGAGGCACAUUGCUAUAGUGACAUGCAUGUUCCUAAUAAGGAAUAUGAGCUACUCACUGACUCCAGCAGUAGCUCCAUGCAUGGCUCAUCUUGUGUGGUUCUACCAUCUGUUCUGGAAGAUUACUUCACAUCUAGUGGCCAGCUUCUGACUGGGCAAUGUGUUGGUGGAUUUGGGAAGGCUAUCAAGGAUACAGCACCUAAUGGUUCAACUAGUGUGUCGUUGUUUGCAAGCAAACAUGUCUUCGAUUCAUCGUCCUGUAGAGAAGGUGUUUCUACUGAUUUAAGUGAAACAUAUGGGGGUGCAACUAAGCCUUUGUGCUCACCUCCAAGAUUAGAUUUUCAAAUAGUGGUUAAAACAAUGAAUGAACUGUCAGAAUUGCUUAUGCAAAACUGCACAAAUGAUUUAGAUUCUCUGAAUGAGCAUGAACAUGAUAUAAUCAAGCGCAUUAUCCAUAAUCUUACUCUGUGUAUCAGAAACAGGGCUGGAGAACAUACUCUUAUGUCUGAAUCAAGUCAUCCUCACACUUCAUAUUGUGUUAGGAAAUCAACUCAUCUAAACAAGUGCUCGAACAUGGAACUUCAAACAACAAGGACAAAGGCUGUAAUGGUUUCGCAUGAACUUGGGCAUCAGAAUAAGCAUGAAAGGCAGAUGAGUUCUACUAGUUUUAGGGAGAGAUUCCUGGAUUCUUUAAAUGCAAGGAAUGGAGGAUUCAAUAAAAAUGAACACAUUACUGAGGUCAAUGAGAAGGCUCUGGAAGGACAUUAUGAACUUGAGGAAGAAGAGAACCCUCAAGUUUUGUUCUACAAGAAUUUGUGGCACGAGGCUGAAGCAGCUCUUUGUUCCAUGAAGUAUAAAGCUUCUGUUCUGGGUAUGAAAACUGAGAUGGAAAAGAUAAAGAUGGCAAUAAGAUAAAAGAUAUUGUAAUUACCUGAGCUCUCCCUUAAGGGCUUUCGAUGCAACCUUCUGUUCUUCCUGCCCUCUGCUGUGAGGUUGGUGAUUUUAUUGUAAAGUUCUUGCGUUGGGAACCCACCUUGCAUCCAGAUGUAUAUACAUGUAAGUUAUACUGGUUUGACAGAAGUUGUCGAAGCACUCGACUUUAUAUUUGAUACUGCUGGGGCACAUGGGCAAUUGACUGUUUCAUUGACGGGGCUAAGGGAAGGAAACAUCUUUUUAUUUCUUUGACAAACAAUUGAGUAUAGUAAAGACUACUGUCCUUAUAAUUCAAAUGCUGCAAGUUCACUA